UCGAUUUCAUCUCACCUCUGACAAACGAAGAAGUUAAAGUCAAAAUCUCUUACAACAAUCUCUCAGAUUCGCCUUUAGUGUUUCUUCUUUCUGUCGGCAAUUUCUGGUAUGGGGGAGACGGGAAGACACAGAUGGUUUCCAUUUCACCACCACCGCUCAGCCUCCGCCACGUCUAUGCCACAACACAACCCCGGCGAAACUCCGACUGAAUUCCUCUGUCCAAUCACCGGCUUUCUAAUGUCGGAUCCCGUAGUCGUCGCAUCGGGUCAGACAUUUGAGCGUAUCUCCGUCCAAGUUUGUCGGAACCUCGGGUUUGCUCCGAAGCUCCACGACGGGAGUCAACCCGAUUUGUCAACUGUAAUCCCAAACCUCGCAAUGAAGUCAACAAUUCUCAGCUGGUGCAAAAGGAAGAAAGUGGAUCAUCCACGACCUCCUGACUACGCUUACGUCGAAGGUGUGGUUCGUACCCGUAUGGAUAAAGAACCCGGUACGGGUAACCGGGUCGCGAGAUCGGAGAUUUUGCCUCCCGUCGCUGAGAAUUCUCCGUCGGAUUACGACUCCGUCAUGGGAGCGAUUCGUUCUCGGUCGAGAAACUCGAUAUCGUCCUCUAAUUCGCUUCCGCUCCACCAUCCCCGACCCGUUAGUCACUCAGCGUUCUCAAUGUCAUCAGAACCGGAGAAUCCAAACCGGAUCCAAGGCUCAUUCUCUACCUCCGAUUACUCAUCUUACCCUCCAAUGUCACAAGAAGAAGAAGAGAUUUUCAACAAACUGAGAAGCGCCAACACAGUUGAUCACGAACAAGGUUUGAUUCUUCUCAGGAAGACUACAAGAACCAGCGAGAGCUCGAGGAUUUCGCUCUGUACGGACCAGAUCCUCUCCUUGCUCCGGUCUUUAAUCGUGUCUCGUUACAACAUCGUUCAGACAAACGCUGCCGCGUCUCUGGUCAACCUCUCGUUAGAGAAACCGAACAAGUUGAAGAUAGUUCGGUCUGGUUUCGUUCCCUUAUUAAUUGAUGUUUUGAAGUCAGGAUCAGCGGAGGCGCAAGAGCAUGUCAUCGGAGCUUUGUUCAGUUUAGCGGUUGAGGAAGAGAACAAGAUGGUGAUCGGAGUUCUCGGUGCGGUGGAGCCGCUGCUUCACGCUCUGAGAUCAUCAGAGAGCGAAAGAGCGCGUCAAGACGCAGCUCUUGCGCUUUACCACCUGUCGUUGAUACCGAACAACAGGACCAGGCUGGUCCGAGCUGGUGCGGUGCCGAUGAUGCUGUCGAUGGUGAGGUCAGGCGAAUCUGCGAGCAGGAUUCUUUUAUUGCUGUGUAACCUCGCGGCUUGUUCGGAAGGGAAAGGAGCGAUGCUUGAUGGAAACGGAGUGGCGAUACUUGUUGGGAAGCUUAGAGAAGGUGGAGCUGAUUCAGAGGCGGCGCGUGAGAAUUGCGUGGGGGCUUUGUUGACGCUGAGUGUUGGGAAUAUGAGGUUUAGGGGACUGGCCAGUGAGGCUGGAGCUGAGGAGAUUCUGACGGAGAUUGUGGAGAGUGAGAGUGGAAGUGAGAGGUUGAAGGAGAAGGCGGGGAAGAUUCUGCAGGCAAUGAGAGGCGGAGAGAGGGAGUUUGGAGAAGGUGCGGAGGCGCGUGAGUGGAACCGGAUGUUGGAAGCGAGUGGGCUAAGUCGUUCUCAGUUUCAAGGAGGGCAAAAGGAAGGUUUCGCUUAUUCUUCUCAAUUUUAACGUAAUUCAAACCCUUUUUUAAUUUCUUUUUUUUGGUACAAAUACUUUUUUCAAGGUUUUUUUUCACUCUUCACAUUUUUUUUUUCGUUUUACUAUGUAUACUGGGGAACAAAGGGAGUUGACAGUUAUUUUGGGAGUGAAUUUGUAAUAUUUGAUUUGUUUUUAACAAUGAAAACGACAACAAGGUAAAUGUGUGUUCGUUUGCUUGUAUUUCAUAUGUGAGGCCUAGUCGUAGAGGACUAAAACAAAAGUCGUCUCAAUUAUUGGUAGAUUUUUUUUCUUAUGAUAUAUCACACGG